AUGACCAAAGGAGGAAUGGAGUCAGUUGAAGUGUUCACAACUGAAGGCAAAGGCAGGGGCUUGAAAGCCCAGAAGGAAUUCUUGCCUGGGGAUGUCAUCUUUGCGGAGCCAGCCUAUGCAGCCGUGGUUUUUGACAGCCUGACACAUGUCAUCUGUCACACCUGCUUCAAGCGGCAGGAGAGGCUGCACCGCUGUGGCCAGUGCAAGUUUGCCUAUUACUGCGACCGGACCUGCCAGAGGGCGGCUUGGCUCAACCACAAAAACGAGUGCUCUGCCAUCAAGAGACAUGGCAAGGCACCCUCUGAAAACAUCAGGCUGGCUGCCCGGAUCCUGUGGAAGAUCGAGAGGGAAGGCAGUGGGCUGUCUGAGGGCUGCCUGGUCUCCAUUGAUGAGCUGCAGAACCACGUGGACAGUUUUGGGGAGGAGGAGAAGAAGGAUCUCCGCACUGACGUGGAGAGCUUCCUCGAGUUCUGGCCGCCCCACUGCCAGCAGUUCGGCAUGCAGUUCAUCUCCCACAUAUUUGGAGUGAUCAACUGCAAUGGCUUUACCCUCAGUGACCAAAGAGGACUGCAGGCUGUUGGUGUGGGAAUCUUCCCCAACCUCUGCCAGGCCAACCAUGACUGCUGGCCCAACUGUACGGUCGUCUUCAACAAUGGCAAUCAUGAGGCUGUAAGAUCAAUGUUCCACACACAGAUGAGGAUUGAGCUGCGGGCUCUGAGCAAGAUUUCUCCAGGGGAUGAGCUGACAGUUUCCUACGUGGAUUUCCUCAACCUGAGCGAGGAGCGGCGGAAGCAGCUGAAGAAGCAGUACUACUUCGACUGCGCCUGCGAGCACUGCAAGAAACAGCUCAAGGACGACCUGAUGCUGGCGGUGAAGGGGGGGGAAAGCAAGCCCUCUGCAGACACGGUGAAGGAGGUCAUCCAGUUCUCCAAGGACACGCUGGAGAAGAUCAACAAGGCCCGCAUGGAGGGACUUUACCACGAAGUUGUGAAGCUGUGCCGUGACUGCCUGAAGAAACAGGAGCCUGUGCUGGGGGACACGAACAUCUACCUCCUGAGGAUCCUCAGCAUUGCCUCCGAGGUGCUCUCCUACCUCCAGAUGUUUGAGGAAGCAGCUGACUAUGCCAAGAGGAUGGUGGAUGGCUACCUGAAAAUAUAUCAUCCCAACAACGCGCAGCUGGGGAUGGCCGUGAUGCGGGCAGGAGUCACUCACUGGCAUGCUGGUCUCAUUGAAGCUGGGCAUGGCUUGAUCUGUAAAGCCUACGCCAUUCUCCUGAUAACCCAUGGACCAUCCCACCCAAUUACCAAAGAUCUGGAGGCCAUGCGUGUCCAGACGGAGAUGGAGCUGCGCCUGUUCCAGCAGAACGAGUUCAUGUAUUACAAGAUGAGGGAAGCUGCCCUCAAAAACCAGAAGAUCCAAGUCAUGCCUGAACCCAGCAAUGAGAACGCACCAAGCCUCUUCCACAAAAAGGAAUAA